UGCAAGCGAAAUAGAAAUCAGAUUGCCCGUACGGCUGUGUACGGGCAAAACAGGGAAGGGUUUAAAAUUAAUCAAGCAAAAUGUGAAAAUUUAGAAAACAAGGAGAGAGAAUUAUUCAGCAUACACACAUCAGCAACACUCCUACCAUAGAAAUAAGAAUGAACCGAUGACGCCAAAUAACUUGGCGAGAAAGUUCUCAAAGAUCUUCAUACAAUCCAGAGAAUCUCGUAACUCCUCCUAUUUUCCCCCCUUUCCGAUCGUGAAGAUGUUCUGUCGUUGUAUGCAUCAAGAUUCUUUAAUAUUAAUCAAGGUAUGCAUGUGUUCAUAUUCUUGUGAAGAUAACCAUACGUAGAAGGCAGGGUGUAACGAAAGCUAGCGAGCCAAAAACUAUAUUGGACCAAAUUUCUUUUUAGCCAGACCAUUUAACAUAUGUACAGAACGCAUGUUCCUAAAACAUACAAAAGUUAUCGUGAGGUAUGUGGAAAGUUAUAUGAUACCAAGGCUGCUUCUCUCUAUAGGAAUGGAACUAUAUGUGAAAAGUCAUUUGGAAAAAACAACUAUUUUUAAAAAGCUGGUAAAUAUUCGCUCAGGAGAGAAACCUCAUCUGUGAGAAAUGUAAUCUUUAAUUUAAAUUAAAGCAGCAUAUGUUUAUCCACACAGGAUUAAGUGUGAGAUGUAUGUGAUAUAUGCGAUUCACGUAUAAAAUAUUUUAACAAACAUAUCCUUAUUCACACAGAAAAGAAAUCUUAUGGGUGUGAAGUAUGUAGCAAAUUGUUUAGAUUAAAAGGGGAAUUGAGCAUCCAUAUGCUUACCCAUACUGCAGUGAAGCCUUAUGUUUGUGAGGUAUGCACCAAGUCAUUUAGACAGAAAUAUAGUUUAAACAGGCAUAUUCUUAUUCACACAGGAGAGAAACCUUAUGUAUGUUGUGUAUGCACUAAGUCAUUUAGACAAAAGCAUAAUUUAAAAAAGCAUCUCCUUACUCACACACAAGAAACACCUCAUUUGUGUGAAGUAUGCGAAAGAUCAUUCAUACGAAAGGAUCAGCAUAUGCUUCACACGAUAGAGAAACAUGUCUGUGAGGAGUGUAACAAAUCAUUUAGUUUAAAGCAUGAUUUAAAUUCACAUGGCCGUGUUCACUCAAAAGAACCUUUUGUGUGUGAGAUGUGUAGCAAAUCAUUUAGACUAAAGCAAUAUUUAAAUGUGCAUAUGACUGUUCACACAGGAGAGAAACCUCAUGUGUGUGAUGUUUGUAAUAAAUCAUUUAGGCGAAAGUGUGAUUUAACCCGCCAUCUGCUUCUUCACACAGGAGAGAAACCUUAUUCAUGUGAAGUAUGUGAAAAGUCAUUUAGAGUAAAGUGUGCUUUAAACAAGCAUAUGCUUGUUCACUCAGGAGAGAAGCAUAUGCUUAUUCAUACAGGAGAGAAACGUUAUGUGUGUGAUGUAUGUAGUAAGUCAUUCAGACUAAAGAUUAGUUUAUACAAACAUAAGAUACUUCACACAGGAAUGAAACCUUAUUCAUGUGAAGUAUGUCAAAGGUCAUUUAGAAUAAACUAUGCAUUAAACAAGCAUAUGCUUAUUCAUACAGGAGAGAAACCUCAUGUGUGCAAUAUUUGUGAUCACUCAUUUAUUCUAAAGCAUAAUUUAAACAAUCAUAUGCAUGUUCACACAGGAGAGAAGCCUUAUUCUUGUGAAGUAUGUAACAAAUCCUUUGGAGUAAAACUUUAUUUGAAAUUCCAUAUGCGUAUCCACAUAGGAGAGAAACCUCAUGUGUGUGAUGUAUGUAAUAAGUCAUUUAUGCGAAGUAAUGUUUUAAAGCAACAUAAGCUAGUUCACACAGGAGACAAACCUUAUUUGUGUGAAAUAUGUCAAAAGUCAUUUAGACACAAAGGUGCUUUAAAAAAGCAUAUGCUUAUUCAUACAGGAGAGAAACCUUAUGUAUGCGAGGUGUGCAACAAAGCAUUUAGACAAAAGGGUGGUUUAAACAGACACAUGCUUGUGCUAUGUUAUGUAUGUCAUAUAUGCGGCAUGUCAUUGACAUAUAAGAGUACUUUAAAUAAAUGCAUCCUUGUUCACACAGAAAAGAAACCAUAUGUGUGUGAAGUAUGUAACAAACUGUUUAGAUUAAAAGGGCAAUUUAACAUCCAUAUGCGUACCCAUACUGAGGUGAAGCCUUAUGUUUGUGACGUAUGUCACAAGUUAUUUAGACAGAAGGUUCAUUUAUACACGCAUAUUCUUAUUCAUACAGAAGAGAAACCUUACACGUGUGAUAUUUGUAAUAAGUUAUUUAGGUUAAAAUAUGAUUUACGCAGCCAUAUGCUUCUUCACACGGGAGAGAAACCUUUUUCAUGUGAAGUAUGUAACAAGUCCUUUAGAAAAAAACUUCAGUUAAAAUUCCAUAUGCGUAUCCACACAGGAGAGAAACCUCAUGUGUGCAAUGUAUGUAAUAAGUCAUUCAGUCGAAAGAAUAAUUUAAACAGCCAUAUGCAUCUUCACACAGGACAGAAACCUUAUUUGUGUGAAGUCUGUCAAAAGUCAUUCAGACAAAGUAGUACUUUAAACAAGCAUAUGCUUCUUCAUACAGGAGAGAAACCUCAUGUAUGUGAGGUGUGCAACAAAUCAUUUAGACUAAAGGGAGGUUUAGAGACACACAUGCUUACGCACACUUAAGAUAAAUACCGUGUGUGAGGUUUAUAACAGCCAUUUAGACAAAUGUACACCUACAGGAGAAAAACCUUAUAAAGUAUGUAAGGAUUCAGUUGGGUGAGAAGAAUUUGAAGAAAACUGUUUCUGUACAUAAAAGAGCACAGUCUGCAUUCAAGCUAUAAUUGCCUCAUGUCAUUUCAGAAGUAGAUAUAUUAAUAAGAAACUUUACUUUUAUGUGCUGUAAGGACUUUUCCAUUCAGAAAGAUAUAUUCUGUGAAAUGUGUAAAUUAUCAUUUCAUCGAAAUGUAUAAGAAGCCAUUUAUUUUUUUCUACAUGGAAGAGCCUUCUGAAGUCAUUUUAGGGAAAUGCUGACUUUAAGCAACAUUUGCUUUUUUAUGAAAGAAAUCCUUAUGUACCAUACCAUAUCCCUAGGCUGAUUAAAAAUUUACAAGCCUGAAACUUUCAAAAUCAGAUGAUGUUACGAGUCUGACAUUUCCCUCAUCCACAGAUUUGAAUCUUUCACAGUGAAUUGCACUUUUAUUAUAGCAUUUAGAUGAAAUGUACUGUUAUGUUUAUUGCUGCAGCUAGGAAUUUUAUGUUUUCUCAGUACUUUUGUUGUCAGGACCAGAUUCAGAAAUGUGUGCAUUUGUUUAAUGUAUGUAUAAUGUAAACAUGUACACUGUGCAAAAAAAUGGGAGGGGGGAGUUCUAUAUCUCUCGUUCUAGUGGGCCAGUUAACGAAAUUGAAAUUGUGUUUUCCAUGUCUCUAAAGCACAACUUAGGAUAUGUAUUGGAUUUAUAUAUAGCAUUGUACUAGUAUAGGUAUACCGUGGAUUAUAUCUGAAAUGACAUGCCAAUUUUUUUCCAUAUUUCGAUUCUACGACUAAAAUUAUUUCAAACUGCCAAAUUUUGCAAAAAUCACGUGAGUAGUUUUUAAAAAAUUGGCUCUCAAAAUUUUA